AUGAGCACCAACAGUGAGAUCGACGACUAUGAUGGCAGCUCGUCAUUGCCUUUUGAUGACGGUGCCUCGUCGUCUUCUGAAAUUGAUGAACAUGAUCAAGAUCCCCAUCUCGCCCUUGACCACAUCGCGAAGUCCCACAAAGUCACCUAUCCUCUUCGCGGCAAUUACACGAAGUGGCCUGUCCAUGCAGCCUUUCGUGAGUUGGUCCAGAAUUGGCGAGAUGCUAUCAUCAAGUCAUACAACCUGAAAGAAGCGAACUUUCGUGUCGAACGUGAAGUGAAAUCCCGGGGCCACAACAUCGAGAUCAUCUACAGAGUGCCGCGCUGUGGCGCUGAAAUUAGCGAAGAUUGGCUGGGCUACAUCCGCUUCACCGGUCGCGAUGGUGCGGGCACGAUCGAAAUCACGAACCGGUCUGCUAACUUGCGGACAGAACACCUUGACUUUGGAGGUACCACCAAGCAAGAGGAUGAGAAUCAGGCUGGAUCCCACGGAGAGGGUCUCAAACUUGCCGCUGUGGUCUUAAUGCGCCGAAAACACAACCAUCAUAUCAUAGGUUGCUCAAGCGGCUUCAAGUGGAACUUUUCGUUUACUAAGCUCGGACACCUUCAAGUUAAACUGACCCGCAUGAAGCCUGAGGCAAUUUUCAAGGCAAAGGAUUCCACUCGAGGGCGGAUGCGUGGAAGCUUGAUUCCGUUUGCAUUCAUGCCAGACAAGGACGUACAAUUCAUCAUAGGACAACGUUUCAUAAAUCGAGACGAUGGAGGUGUCAUGGUCAAGCGAAGAUCGAUCCAGCUAGAGGACUUUGAGUCUUGGACGAAGGUUGCGUUGUUCCUUUCUGAUCCCCCUCCUCCGAGAGGGAGCAUGAUUUCCACCAAACAUGGCGACCUUCUCGCUGCUGAGAACUUGCGCGGCAAGAUCUACCUAAAGGGUCUUCUGCUUCAUUCAGCGAGCAUGACACGCAAGCCUCUCAAGUUUGGAUACAACUUCGCCCGUGGACAUACCAAUCGCGACAGACAGUCCGUCACUGAUGCUUCCGAUGAAUCGAGCGCUAUCUGGCAAAUCCUGGAAGAAGCGUUGCCAGGCAACCUGGAGUUGAUACGGGAGCUGAGCAAUUUGCUUAACACUAGAGAGGAAUUUGCCGAUAUCAUAUCUGCAAAGUAUUGCAGCUACGAUACUGCGUGUUUGCUUCGAGGCUACCUCUUUAGAGGGGAGUUUGCGAACCAUUGGUAUUACUCCGGCGAGGACAACCAAAGGCUUCAUUAUAUCAUUGAAGGCCUUGGGCGCGAUGGCUUUGAGCUACACCAGAGGUACUGGACACUCCUGCGGAGUCACGGGCUACUCUGGACUGCUGAGGAAGAAGAGCAGCGGCGCUUCAGAGCUGCCCCCUACGUCCCAGUCCCAGAGACCACCUUUGCGACGUCGGUGAGCCGGCUGUUGCGCGCCUGCAUCCGCGCUUGCCCUCAGACAACCGAAAUGGCUAUGAGCUUCGUUCAAGCCGGUCAACUUCAUCUCCAGCUCUCCUUUUCGGAAGACGAGCAGCUCUUCCGUAUCCACGAGCGGUGGCUUCGUAUGGAUACCGCGAUCAACGAACUGGCCCUUGACGAUGACCUAGAAGAGAUCAACAUCGUAUGGUAUACCGUGAAAAGCCUGUUUUCUGACGCAUUGGAACAACUGCCGCGUCAGUGGUUCGUUGCAGAAGACAAGGUGAAGACAAGCGAGUGGCAGAGGAAGCUGGAGAUACUUCGAGCGGAGCAGAGGUUGGAGGAUGAUCAGGAGUACUUCUUUGUUUUGGUCACACCGAAAGAUGCCAAAUCUUUCGUCAACGUAUCCAACACCAAGCGCUGCGACAGCACAUACUCGCCCUCAGCCCUACUCAGCAAUGAGGACCGGGCGAACUUGUUUUCGCUUGGGGCCCAGCUCGCUGAGCUGAAUAUUCUUGAGAUUGAUCGAUGGUAUGAAGCUGUGGAUACUAGCAACGUACGAGCGGUGAUUGGCAUCAAGAAAGGAGAGAGGCACCUCUCAGGAGAGCCGAGGAAGCGCCGCAGGAUGGGUUUCGACGCCUGA